AUGUUCAUAAAACUUGAAUCUAUCCUGUUAUUGGCCAUAUGUACUUUACACGUAUUGGCGUCGAUCAAAACUAACUCAGUGGAUAGUAUAAAAAAAUCCUUAGAAGAACGUCAAGGACAUCUGUUAGUGAAUAAAAGUAAAACUAAAAAUGUGCAGUUUAAAAUUGAAAAUGUAACGAAAAUUAAUUACGUACCUGUAAUCCCGAAAAAGAAACGGCCAGAAAAAAUGAUUACACCAACACAAGUACAGCAAUGGGCACAAGAAUUAUCGGAGAAACUAUACAAAACUGAGACACAGUUUGUGCGACGGGAUGUCUUAUUAAAGGGAUUUUCUGAUGUAAAAAUUGAAGUGAGAAAUGGUCCAGCCAUCGUAGAAAAGACUUCGAAAGCGAUAGAGGAGCUGCUAGAACGACGAGGUCAAGCAGCAGAAAUGAUCAUGCGAAAAGCAGAAGAAUUAGCUGCAAACAGAUUUCCACCGCCUAGUGAUUAUCACUUCGUAAAAAGCGAUGGUGUAGAUGAUCCAGAAGCUCCGGAAACUCCUGAGAGCGAUCUCGAGCUCCCUUUGAAUUGCAGCAGAUUAAACAAAGUGAAGCUUACGAAUAGCGUCCACUUUGAUGCGAACGUUUCUUUAGAGUACAGCAGCGUGCACGUUGCCGCUGAGGUAUUUCAAUGCGAUCCUCGUAUAAUAGAACAUAUUCAUUGGACUGAAGGAUUGAUAUCUGUUUUUCGAGAAAACUACGCUCAAGACUCUACGAUUGGCUUACAAUACUUGUGUAGUGCCAAAGGAUUUUUGCGACAUUAUCCAGCGGCUUUAUGGCAUAGUAUGUAUAAAUUAAUGACUGACGGCGAAGAUCUAUACGACUGUAGACUGCGACCAUGGUACGUCAGCGCGAGUGGUGCCCCACGCGACUUCCUCAUACUGUAUGACUUCUCAGGCUCCAUGAACUCCUCGAACAGAUUCAUUGCCGAGCAGUUUACCCACGCUCUGCUCAACGCUUUAACUGAUGAUGAUCAAGUAAAUGUACUACGUUUCAAUCUUGUAAUAGAAUCUCCAAUACCAUGUUUCGACAAAAAGCUUGUGCCAGCUAAUCAUGUAAAUUCAGCGGCUAUGGUGGCUUCACUUAAGGACCAAAAUCCAAAAAACGAAACCAAUAUGGAGGUGGUACUCAUAGAGUCAAUACAAAUUCUUAACAAUCAACUCAAGGCAAAAGACACGCCGAAUGCGUGCCAACAGGCAAUUGUUUUGGUAACGGACACUAUUGAAGAAAAUUAUAAUGAUCUAAUGCAUCGUCUCGAUCCUAAUGGACAAAUUAGACUAUUCGUUCUAUGGUUACAUGAUCCUUUCGGCUUGCGGGACUCUACUCGAUUUUACGCGAAUUCAUUAACAUGUGAACGAGAUGGUUUCUAUGCGGAAUUGGUCACCGACUCCGACGUAACCGAACAGGUGCUGAAUAUUCUACGAGUGAUGGAGCGACCUUUAGUAGCGCAACGAAAACAAAGAUUAAGAGUAUAUAGCGAUGUUUACGCUAACAUUGAGGAUCCUCGUAGGAGUGAACACUACUGGCAACAGAAGGAAAAUAUUGAACAAACAUAUCGCUAUAGUGAACUGCGUCGAAACAAAGAUCAGUUUCUUACAACAAAAAAACAAUACGGCGAUUAUAUACAUAUGCAUCAGCUCGACCAAUAUGGGCAGUACUACGAGGGUGAGGAUAUAAACUACAGACUUCAAAUAAGUGUUUCUGUGCCGGUCUUUGAUAAUACUACUUGGGAGAACAUUACAAUUACUUUGGAUGAGGAAAAACAAAGGAACUCAACCAGAACGUACCCUGUCAACCGGCUAUUAGGCGUUGCUGGUGUUGAUAUUCCCAUUGAUCAUCUAAAAUUGGUGUUGCCAUUCUAUUUGAUUGGUGCAGGAGGGUCUCUUUCAAUAGUGGAUCAUCGCGGCAACAUUGUUUUACAUGAAAAUGCUAAACCUGUGUUUGACGGUGACAUAUUAAAGCCUGGGUAUCGAACUGUGGACUUUCUUGAUGUUGAACAAGCUGCAGAAGAUCAUCUUCCUAGAGAGUACCCUGAGAACUGGAAAAAAUUCCGAAAGGAUCUAAUUGUUCAUUAUCCAAUGGGUCACGAAGAUAUAGACGCGAAAACUGUUUACGAAAACGGCAUGCGAGCCUUAAUAGGUAGGAAAGACUAUUAUUGGAAGAGAGUUAUGGAUCAUUAUACAGUAGUUGUGGCUCUACCAAAAUUUAAUAUCAGACACGCAGUGCCGAAAGCCGAUUUCACACAGAAAUUAGCUCAAGAGGCAUUUGAUGUAUUGCAAGAUACUGAAUUCGCCGUACACCCAGAAUGGUUAUAUUGUGAACACGCAGAUCCUUCAAAAUUCCCGUCCAAAGACUUCGAAACUCGUGAAGAUGUUAUAAAACACUUCAUUGAAAGGCGUCGCAAAGAAGCCAACUUUGCUGGAAAGAAAAUAAAGUAUCGCUUCUCACCCAUCCCUCCAUCGCUGAGAAACAAAACAUACCAAUGUAAUGAAGAAUUAAUGGCUCGACUAUGUAAGGAGAUAAUAGCGACGGGACCGUGGAUGGAGAAGAUUGACGAGGAAGAGUUCCCGCUCGGCUCCGUCACAGCCUUCCUCGCCACUGAAAGUGGUCUUACACGAUGGAUAGCCUACCGCGCCACCACCUCCCACGCAGAGCCGCCGGACGGCGCGCUGUGGUCGCGCGGCGUCUCCGAGCCGUGGUUCCGGCGCGCCGUCGCUUCAAAGAACACCCUCGUUAUACACGCACCUGUAGCACCUAUACGAGUGCUACGCAAUAGCUUUAUUCAACCCACACCCCUUAGUGAAAAGUACCAGUGGCUAACAGCUGCGAGAACACUUGGACACGGUGACCACACGAUCGGCGUUGCCGGCUAUCACUUCUAUCCUCAACAUUUAGAAGACCUGUUGGUUUCAAUCACUAAUCCUGAUUUUGACUGUGAAGAAGACUGCGAACCUCGCUGUGAUGAAGAAAUUUGGAGUUGCGUCCUCAUCGAUGAAGAGGGUUGGGUCGUCACUUAUGUCAAGAAAGAUAGUGAUGAAAAUGAGGAUCGAAAGCCACUAAGAGAACACCUCGCUAACCUACACCCUGCUGCUAUGAGGGCUUUGCUUGAUGCACAAAUCUUCACAUUACAUUGGAUACAUGAUUAUCAAGGUGUAUGCUUUCCGCCGAAAAUCGAAAAAUCUAGAGCUCCCAUGUUACCAUCGUUAGUGCGGGGACUUUGGAAUUCUCUUCGACUAAUAGUACACGCUAGUCACGAAGUUUUAACUGUUCUUACCUUACUUGGAUCUAGUGGCUUAGUAAAAAGUGAAACUGCAAAAGAGAAAGAGAAGCGUAGAAAAAGAUUGCGACGCGAUUACGAACGGGAGAAGUACGAGCGACUCUAUGACAAACGGGUGAUCGUCAACCGCACACGUUUCGCUGCUUGCGAUCGCUCACGGCCUAUUUAUCACCUAAAUCGUACAAAAGCAAAAAUAGAUGCAUUAAGAAGACCACCAGCACCUUGCAAAUGGCCUCUCGUCGGAACUGAAGUUCCAAACACAAAUCUCCUGUUGCUGGCUAUAAUGAACAAGUGCGAACAUACUGGCAAACCUCUGAACAAUCCACUCAUCAACGCACCAAUAUUAUCAGAGUUAACAGAGAGUGAGACGGGCAACGGCAGGUAUAUGAGCGCGGCGGCAACACUCGCGUGCCUGCGCAACCGCGUGCCGCUGCCGGCGCGCACGCCGCACACGCGCUGCUUCCCACAUAACUACUCUCAAGAAGCAGGGUAUAGACAGUGCGGGCCGUGGCUUCCGGAUCCAGAUACCGGAAACAAUGUCCAACCUUCAAAUUAUUUAGUAAUAAUCAUGCUCAUUAAAUUUUUCUUUUUAAUUAUCAAUAUA